UCUCUCCCUCAUCGAUUAUGAUAUUGGUAUAUUAGGUUAUCAAUCCGGCUUCAUUUGAUCAGCAUCCAGUCUAGGUGUUUCUGCCUUGUUUUUUAGUUCUCUUGCAUUUGAUCAAUCCAACGGACGGCUUUUGUACUUGGGGAAGGUGAAGUGGACGAUUCCGAAGAGGCUAGAAUCCAGGUCGCAGAUUCUUCUUACCUCUCUCUUUCUCUCUCCCGUUGCGAGUGGCUGCAGCGGCCUAUUUUCAUGGAUCCUGAGAAGGACAGCCUGUGAAGGUGGAAGUGUGAUAUUGCCUCAAGCUUUGCCUUGUUGACUUUUCAGUGGUGAAACUCCAAAUCGUAUCAGUUUGGGAGCUGAACUUUCUGUAAUUAAGCGGAAGAAACCGUGACAUGAUUAUGGGAGACAAUGUUGUGUCACCCGGUGCCUUGCUGGAUCCGUCCAUAGAUUUUGAUUACAUGGACGAACUUUUCUCGGAUGGAUGCUGGUUGGAAACCGCUGCGGAUGGAUCUGAUUUUUUGCUGCGAAGCCCUUCUGCGUCCAAUCCCCUCUUUGACCCAUCAUUUUCAUGGCCUGCUUUGGACACUAAUGGGCAUGUGAGUCUAGAACAAAGGCAGAGUCCAUUUAUUGACGACCACCAGGAAACACGAAAUAAUACUCGAUCGGUUGGCAAGGGCAAGAACAUGAUAGAUGUUGCUGAUGCCUGUAAUCCGUCUGAAACUCGUUCAGUUGAAAGCUCAGAAGUUGUUAAGAAGUUGUGGAUUGGACCUAUGGCUAAUCCGAGCCCUGAAUGUUCUGUAUUGGAGAGACUAAUUAAGGCUCUUGUGUACAUCAGAGAUUUCAAUAGAGACAAAGAUAUGCUUUUACAAAUAUGGGUGCCGGUUAAUAAGGAGGGUGGGAGGAUUCUUAGCACUUGUGAUCUUCCCUUCUCACUUGAAAGCAGCAGUCCGAAUCUAGCUAAGUAUCGAGAAAUCUCUGCCAGAUAUCAUUUUUCAGCUGAGGGGUAUUCUAGGGGGUUGAUGCCUGGAUUGCCUGGUCGAGUUUUUAAAGAGAAGGUUCCUGAGUGGACUCCCGAUGUUCGAUUUUUCAGGAGUGAUGAGUACCCUCGAGUUGACCAUGCUCAAGAGUAUGAUGUGCGUGGAUCUUUAGCACUUCCAGUCUUUGGGCAGCAUAGCAACGUUUGCUUGGGUGUUAUUGAGGUUGUGAUGACAGCCCAGCAGAUCAAGUAUUUCCCUGAGCUUGAGAGCGUUUGCAAAGCACUUCAGGCUGUUGAUCUUAGAAGCAAAAAUAUUUCAAGAAUACAGAAUGUGAAGCAGGCAUGCAACAAUUCCUAUGAAGCUGCACUGCCUGAGAUCCAAGAGGUUUUAAGAUCGGCAUGUGAAAUGCACAAAUUACCUUUAGCUCAAACUUGGGUUGCAUGUAUCAAGCAAGGCAAAGAGGGGUGCCGGCACUCAGAUGAUAAUUAUCUACACUGUAUAUCUCCUGUUGAGCAUGCUUGUUAUGUUGGUGAUCCUUGUGUCCAGGCUUUUCACGAGGCUUGCUCUGAGCAUCACUUGUUAAAAGGUCAAGGAGUCACUGGUGAAGCUUUUUUGACCAAUCAACCAUGCUUCUCAACUGAUGUAACUUCCUUUAGCAAGAUAGAUUAUCCACUGUCUCAUCAUGCAAGGAUUUUUGGGUUGCGAGCUGCUGUUGCUAUACGCCUGCGAAGCAUCCAUAACAGUACAGAUGACUUUGUACUCGAGUUCUUCUUGCCUGUAAAUUGUUCUAACAGUGAAGAACAAAAGAAGAUGCUCACUUCAUUGUCUAUGAUUAUACAAAAGGUUUGCCAUAGCCUGCGGGUGAUAACAAAUAAAGAAUUGGAGGAAGAAACCAGCUUAUCAAUUGAUGAAGUGACAAUCCCUGCAGAGAGUAGAUCUGCUAGGAUGGAUUUCCAACAAUGCAGGAACGUUACUUCACCUGGCACCAAAGAAAAGUCAAAUGAGGCUUUGACUAGACAGGUGUCUAACCUGAGUCAGCAAGAAGACUCUAUUUUAAAAGGAAACCUUGACUAUGGUUGGGAGUGUUCUUCUUUUGGUGAGGGUGGCUUACCGAUUGCAGGUUUAAGUAAAACGGGGGACAAAAGACGGACCAAAGCAGAGAAAACAAUCACGUUGCAAGUUCUUCGGCAAUAUUUUGCAGGAAGCCUAAAAGAUGCUGCAAAGAAUAUCGGUGUUUGUACUACAACUUUGAAAAGAAUCUGUCGCCAACAUGGAAUAAAGCGUUGGCCUUCUCGAAAGAUUAAAAAGGUUGGUCACUCCUUACAGAAACUUCAACUUGUCAUCGACUCAGUUCAAGGUGCCUCUAGCGCUUUUCAGAUAGAUUCUUUCUACUCAAAGUUUCCGGAGCUAGCAUCUCCAAAUUUGCCAGGAAGCAGCUUGGUCUCAACUUCAAAGCAAAGUGAUCUUCCGAAUCCAUCAAGCUCAAGGCCUGAUACUGGCUUGCAGAGCCCAGAAGCGCCCUCAUCUUCAUGCAAUCAAAGUUCCAGUUCAAGCCAUUCCUCUUCCAACAUGUCAGAGUUACAGCUUCAUGCACAAAAUGUUAGAGGGGGAAAAGUUCCUAGGGUUAGAGAAGAUUCUGGUGAUGGGGCUAUGAAGAGGAUUCCAAGUGAAGUAAGGCUAAAAAGCUUAAGUCAAGAUACAGCAGAGCUCUUGCCAACAUCCCAAAGCCAGGAAAUACUUUGUGAACCUGCAAAACCUGUGUUGAAAAGCAGUCAUAAAGAACAUCAAAAAGAAGAUACUUACAGAGUAAAAGUCACUCUCAGAGAGGAGAAAACCCGGUUUCGGAUGCCAAAGAGUUGGCAUUAUGAAGAUCUUUUGUGGGAAAUUGCUUGGCGAUUCAACAUAGACGACAUGCGCAAAUUCUAUAUCAAGUAUCUGGACGAUGACUCUGACUGGGUUUUGCUAACAUGUGAUGCUGAUUUAGAGGAGUGCAUUGAUGUGUGUCGACAUUCUCAGAGCAGUACCAUCAAACUUUGCCUUCUGGAUAGUAAAUCAUAGUAUCAUCUAUCAAAUAUGUCAGCUUGUGUUGCAAGUAGUUUGUAUUGAAGGACGAUCUUGAUUAUUUUUUUUCCAAGAGAAUUAUCUUGGUUAUAUUACAUAAUUUAAUAUUACAGGGGCUUCCGAUAUUUAAAGCUGUGAGCAGUUGCAACGUUGGUUCACCUCAAGAGCUGAGCUUACGUGGUAACAAGACUACUCAUUUCUGUAAAUAUUUAAAUAUUCAACUCUAUGUCUCGUUUGUUUCAUGGCAUCAAAGUGUAUAUGCAAUGGGAAUGAGAUAAACUAUCAUGCAUGUAUUCCACUUUCCUGUUCUACAGACCUCAUUCACUGCCUCCACUUUGCACAAAACAAUGUUGUUUCAUUAAGCCUAGUGCAAUCUGCACCAUCCUUUCCUGUGAGGUAUCAUAACCAUCCACAGUUUAUCUCCCUCCUAUUCCACUGAAGAGGCCUUGUUGAGGAAGCACCUCCUGCAGUACAAUGGAGACACCAAGCGCCCUCUCAUCCUCUGAUUCGGCUUCUCUUCAUAUGUGAUCCUCAUCCUCCAAUUCAGCUUCUCUCCAUUUGCAAUGGUCAUGCUCAGAUUUGGCUUCUCUCCAUUUGUGAUGGCACCAUUGAUAUGGCCUCCUUCCAAACAUCGAUGAUGCGUUUGCGGACUAGCUGCAGCAAUCAACUUCAAGACAAAAUCAUUCGCAUUUGAAGAAACCUGGUUGCUGCAAAUUGUAUUAUUUUAGAAUCUAUAGUUCAUAUGAUCAUUUGGACCAUAUGAAGAAACCUAUUUGCUACAGCUUGUAUUCUUUUAGGUGACAUUGUUCUAAUUUCGUUAUGCAAGACAGUUAGGAGUUACGAUUAUUUCAAUUUGAAAAUGUUAGUCAAGGAUUUAUAUCUCUUCUCUUGGCUUUGACUUUUUGCCUGUUUAUAAAGGUAGUCAGUGAAAUAUUGUACCCACAAGAAAAAGAAAAUUCAAUGAGUUAUAUGGAAUAUUUACCAUAUAUUUGCCAGGUU